AUGUUAAAUACGAUACUCAAACGCCUCGAAAUUGACGACAAAGACGGUCCCAUCCCAAACCGAUGGAUGAAUAACGAUAUCAAGCCGGUCGAAGCCGGCCGUCGGACAUGGGGGUUCUGGACGUUCCAUAACUUUUGGAUUCUAAUCAAUUCAAACAUCUCCACGUAUAUGACGGGCAGUUCGUUGAUUGCGAAUGGCUUGACUUGGUGGCAGGCCGUCGUUGCUAUUGUGGUGGGCAAUUUGUUGGUUAUGAUUUUUGUGGUUUUGAACUCGUUGCCGGGAGUUUACUAUCAUCUUGGAUUCCCAGUUGUCAAUCGGUACGUUUGGGGAUUGUAUGGAAGUCAGUUCGUUCUAUGGAAUCGGAUACUUUUGUCACUUGUCUGGUACGCCUUCCAAGCCUGGAUCGGCGGCGAAUGCAUCUACGUCUGCCUUCAAGCAAUCUGGCCCUCCCUCGAAACCCGAAUCCCAAACCAUAUGCCCUCGUCCACUGGAAUGACGACUGCCAAUUUCGUCGCCUAUAUUGUGUUCAUGGUGAUUUCGCUGCCGGUGAUAUACGUCAAGCCGCACAAGCUGCAGUAUUUCUUCUAUGUCUCCGCAGCUACCAUUCUCAUCUUUGAGAUUGUCGUGCUUAUCUGGUCACUCGCAACAAUGGGCGAGCGGGGCUUUGGCGAUACAAUGUCCGACAAGAAUAAUGGUUACUCCGGGUGGAACAUUGCCUUCGGGAUCGUGAGUACAAUCGGAGGUGUCGCAGCUGGUAUUCUCAAUCAGAAUGACUACGCGCGGUUUGCGAAACGGCCUCGCGAUGCUAUCCUCGGUCAGCUGAUUAGUUGUCCGAUGUAUGCUAUCGCGUGCAGUGUUAUUGGGAUAUUGGUGACAGCGGCUACGCAGGAGCGGUACGGUGAGGCUUUGUGGAAUCUACCUGAUCUGUUGAGUGCGGUUAUCACGCAAGGAGGAUCUCGUUCACGCGCGUCGGCGUUUUUUGGGGGUGCUGCGCUGGCUAUUUCCCAGAUUGGGGUUAAUGUUCCUGGAAAUGCGUUGUCGGGGGGGUUCGACCUCGCCGCUACAUUUCCGAAGUAUAUCAACCUCCGCCGCGGUGCAUAUAUAACGGCAUUGCUAUCUGUCGUCUGCAACCCGUGGAAGCUCGUAAACACGGCGACGACUUUUCUCUCCGUACUAAACAGCUACUCCGUAUUCCUGGGCCCGAUGAUCGGAAUCAUGAUCACAUCGUAUCUCGUGGUCCACCGGAGAAGAAUCAAAGUAGAGGAUCUAUAUCCGUCUCAGAAUCCGAGGAAAAGUAUCUAUUGGUAUAGUUAUGGUGUGAAUUGGCGGGCUGGUAUUGCGUGGAUAUGCGGCACUACCCCUUCUCUGCCAGGCUUCGUGGCAAGCGUCAAUACAAGUGUUACGGUGCCUAUUGGCUUCACGCAUCUGUUUUAUAUAUGCUUCUUGACGGGGUUUGUGAUCAGCGCGGCAAUGUAUUGUAUCUUGCAUUAUGUGUUUCCGGUGCCGGAGGUACGGAGAUUUGUUGAGUCGGCGGGACCGGUCGAGGUGCUGGUUAGGGAGUAUCGGGAGGAAUGGGAUGGUGGUUCUGGGGAGGUCGAGGGUGUCGUUAGAAUUGGUGGUGAGAAGACUAGCUUAUAAAUGUGCAUGCAUCAUGAUUCC